AAGACGCUAGGAGGGUGAGCAGGAGAAUAGUCGGUGUUGUAGGUGGGGACGAGCUUCCCUGUCGUGCCGCAGAAGCAACGAGCAGUUCUCGGUUCCCGACCGGCCUGUAAGCGAUGAGAGAAGGAAAGAGGGAAUCGUGCAGCGUAUGAGCAAGACGAAGAGGGGGAGAACUAGAGAGGACGAAAUAGUGUGUGAGAGAAAGAGAGAAACAAAGAAAAGGGAGCAGCUCGUGGAACGCCGUGUGUCCUCGCGUGCUUGUGUCGCGUACGGCGUCUCCGGCGCAGCCAUUACGACAGAGCCGCUCGGUGAUGCUUGUAACGUCGUGUAGUGACGCGAACGUGACGAUAGUGUGACCUGCUGUUGUGUUGCGCGCGCGCGAGAGAAGCGGAUCGCCCGUCGUCGCCGUCGUAUAGUACGGAUGUAACAGAGCGCACGUGUGCGCGCGCGAGAGACCGAGCGAAUUAACGUACGCCGAUCUGUCGUCGUAGCUGGGGUUGCACGAGUGAGAACGAGGAAGCGCGGAAGCUGCCGAGCUCGACUCGAAUGUGCACGACGGUGUCGCGUUGUGGGAAGGUGCAACGAGAGACUGUACGAAACGAAUUCGGUUUGUGACCGGACUGCUGCGCUGGUCGGUGAUCGGCCAUAUCGGUGAGAAAUACGUGUGUCGUCGUGCGAGGAAUCGAAAGAAUUUAUUAAAGCAAAAAAAGGAAGUAAGCUUUCGCCAUCAUGUUUGACGUGUUUGGUUCCGUGAAGGGGCUGCUGAAGCUCGAUUCCGUGUGCAUCGAUAACAAUGUGUUCCGGCUGCAUUACAAAGCCACCGUGAUCUUUCUGGUGAUUUUCUCGUUAUUGGUGACCUCCCGGCAAUAUAUUGGCGAUCCGAUCGACUGCAUUGUCGACGAGAUACCGCUGCACGUGAUGGACACCUACUGCUGGAUUUACUCGACCUUUACGAUUCCGGAUCGGACCGGCAUCGUCGGCAAGGACCUCGUACAGCCGGGCGUCGCCUCGCACAUCGAGGGCGAGGACAAUAUAAAGUACCACAAAUAUUAUCAGUGGGUCUGUUUUUGCCUCUUUUUCCAAGCAAUUCUGUUUUACGUCCCGCGUUACCUGUGGAAGACGUGGGAGGGCGGCAGAAUUAAGAUGUUGGUGCUGGACCUCAACUGCCCGGUGGUCAGCGAGGAUUGCAAAAGCGACCGGCGUAAGCUGCUGGUCGAUUACUUCGUCUCGAAUCUGCACUCGCAGAACUUUUACGCCUACCGUUUCUUCCUGUGCGAGUUGAUGAAUUUCGCCAACGUGAUCGGCCAGAUCUUCUUCAUAGACUUCUUCCUAGACGGCGAGUUCACUACUUACGGCUCCGACGUGAUCAAAUUUACCGAACUGGAACCGGAGGAGCGCACCGAUCCUAUGUCCAAAGUGUUCCCGAAGGUGACGAAAUGUACAUUCCACAAAUAUGGUGCGUCCGGCACGGUACAGAAGUUCGACGGUCUCUGCGUGCUGCCGCUCAACAUCGUCAACGAGAAGAUUUACGUCUUCCUCUGGUUUUGGUUUAUCAUCCUGUCCGCCAUGAGCGGCUUAAGUCUGCUGUACCGCCUGGCAGUGGUUAGCAGUCCGAAAAUCCGACUGGUGCUGCUUCGUGCUCGCUCGCGUCUGUCGCCGCACGAUCAAAUCAAGAUAAUCAAUGACAAGUUGCAGAUCGGUGACUGGUUCGUCCUCUAUCAGCUCGGCAAGAACAUCGACCCGUUAGUUUACAAGCAGCUCAUCGCUGACCUCGCGAUCAAGCUUCAGGGCAAGGAGAAUGUGUAACGCAUUGCCAAGCGAUCGGGAAGGGCCUUCUUCAAGGAGUCCUGAAGAAGUUUUCAAGAAGUCCUCCUAUGGGUUCCUCGUCUUUUUCCCAAGCGACACUCCGCUCGAUACAGCAAAGAGCGGAAGCGAAACGGUAGGACUGUCUCCAAAUUAGGGACGAGAAAGAAAGAACGAAAGCUAUUGCGAUUAAGUAUUAGGAAGACGAGGAUUGGAGGAAUUAGCGUCUUAGGCUAAAUUGCACCGACGGUUUGGUCCAGCUAACUCUCGAUUAAUGAUUCGCUAUUUCCUUCUAUACUAUAAUUUUAUUCAUAAUAUAGAAAAGGAAGAAGGCCAAUUGAGAAUUAAUUUUAAACUUGGAUCUUUAGCAUCUCAAAGAUCAAAGAUUGGACUUUUAUUUAUUAAUCUUGAAUUAGCCUGACCAGCGUUAAUUACAUGAACUUGCAAUAAACUUGUAAUAACUUGCAAUCGUAUAGCUUUUUUCUAGAAUGUGUAAUAAUGAGGCAAGAUUUAGUCAAUUGGGAUUAAUUUAAUUGUUCAAUUAAAUUAACAAGGGUAGGUAAUUAAAUGUAGUUUAAAUUGUAAUUAAAUAUAGUUUAUAAAUAGAUUAAUAGCUAGUUCCGUUGUAGAAUUCAAGUAGCUCUUCGCUUUUUUUCAAUUUUGAUUCCGAAAUGAAACGAAAGUAUCCGUUGAACUAAGGUCAUUAACGUUGGUGCAAUUGGGCCGCAAUAGCUAGGUCAAGAUUUUUACUAUUUCGCCAAUUCCUCUUUCACGUGAGUACACACUUCGCAUUCGGCAUUAGAUUUGCAGUUAAGACAAAGCGCGCUGUUCGACGCCCCGCCUUCUUGCCUCUCCUCGUCUUCGCAUUGAACUCUCCUCGUCUUCGGUUCCUUUCACCUACGCGGAGAGUUUCCCAUCAAUUUUUACAAUCGCCCAUUCCACAUAUUUCUACAUCUGUCCGCUUCCUUUAUUUUACUCCGCGCACUCUUAGUUUUUCCUUCAAACAAGAAUCUAUCUACUAUCUACUAUCAUUAUCGAUAUUUCAUUUAUUGUUUAUUUAUUCAAUUUUAGAAUGUUACUGCAUUUGCAAAACUAAUGGUAACAAGUGGAAUUUGAAAUUCUUACAACAAAUAUUCUUAUUUUCAUCGUUUAAAUUAUGCAUAUCUUUUUCAGUUUGAUAAGCACUAAACAUCACUUAACAUAUCACACAGUAAUAUAGAAUAUCUUCGAAAUGAAGCUUUUCUGUGGAAAAAAACAUUCAAGUUAAUUUCAAAGAAUAGAAAUUAUCAUUUCUUUUAAUUUAUCUUUUUUUAUAAAUAAUUUUCUGUCCAAAACACUUUUUUUCUUUACGUAUAUAUUUACGAGGCAGUUCGAAUUUUUGCCAUGACAUAUAAACAAUGAAUUAAUUAAUCGCGCUGCUUAGCUAUUCCUCCGCCGUUCAAAUCACACAAUUAUUUGUCGUUAUAAUAUAAUUAUUGCAAUAAGAAAUUAAGCUUAAGACGACUCUACUUGUAGUUUAUCAAAUUAAUGCAAAACAGAGGUGCAUUUAAUGCGAAGAUAUAGCGGAGUUUGUUGCUCCCGCGAGUUUUCAUCCACGCAAUGCACUUUGCAGCAAAGUGUAUAUAAUGCACAACGGAUAAAGCCCCCUCAAUCACGAACGUUCUGCACGCGGAGAAUAAAAAUCCAGUCUUCCGCGAAGCGCUUCACAGCGUUCGUUCUUCGCUUGCAUUCCUUACGAGUUUCGCCUACCGCAGCAAACGUACGUUAUUGUACAUCGUGGAACGACCUGCCUUGUAAGAAUAUGCGCCGGACAUGUAAGGAGAACCCAAUGGAGUUUCACACCAAUUAUAUAUCGAAAAUGCUGACCUAUCUCAGGCCUAUUUUUCCAAAUCCAACAAAGGCCUUCGUUUUUCGACGAAAAUGGAAAGAGUGUGGCACCUGUGAAAGAGCUUAAAAGAGCGUGAGGUCCUUCCGACCUUCGUUCAUAGACUUGGAUCGUGUGAUAAAGCGAGGGACGGUGCUCUGUUUUAUUCUUUUUUUUUUUUUCUUUUCUUUUUUCGUUCCAUUGAACUGAGUAACGGUUUUUUAAGUUCAACGCAGAAUGAGGUAAAACAAUCGGAAGUAUCCGAUGAUGAACUUAUCGUAAAACAUUCCUACGUGGAAAUGUUUAACACGUGUAUUUCUGAGUUUAUGCCACGGAGCUUUCUCGCACAAGAAAAUCGCACGCACCGUCCCCCGCGAACCCUAACUUUUUUUCUUUACGCUACUGGUUACUUUGAUUUCUCUUAUAUCUAAUAAAUGUAUCGUAGAAAAUACGCAUGUAUCGUAGGUCGCUAUGUGUGUAGAGAGAAAAAGUUUACUUGUACAUGAUAUAUGAGCGUACACGCAGAGAGAAUGUGUGGGAGUGAGAGGGGGGAGGGAGUGAGAAAGGGAGAGCCGCGCGCGCGUGUAUGGGUGUGCGUGUGUAUGUGUAGAAAUAUUUGCGCGCGUCCGUCUUCGUAUUUCAUCAUUCCACAAAAAAAAAGAGACAUACGCACGAUUUUGUACGCGCAGAACUAGAUUAUGACAUUACAAUUGUACGCCGAUCAAUGUUUUACAACGUAAAAUUAAGAUUUCCUUUUUAUAUAAAUUUACAAUAUAAAAGUGAUGCGUAAUCGAGGGACCAAGCUACGAAUAUUCCUCACUUAAUAUCGACUUGUUUAUCUUUAUGGUAUGUAAGACUGUACCAUAAGCCAACAAUUUAGUAUUGUAAUACCGUCGCGUUGUUUAAUCACGAUUUUUUACGAAAUCUGUAUCUAAAUCAUUCGUAAACGAUGUCACGUGAACAACAAAAUACGACUCUUGUUUUAUUCCUCCAUCGACAUCACGUUUCAAGUGGUAGUUUAGAUAUUUCAUAUGUAAAAAUAGAUAAAAAAAAAGCGCUACUUUUCGCCGUUCGUAUAUUCUACACGUAGAUUACACGCAUGUCGUCGACGCUGUUUAAUAUCCUGCUGACGUGUUCACAUGGAGUAUCAUAUUAUUAAACGAGCCGAGUACAGCGGCUCGUUUGUACCAUCCGAGACAAACCAAAAUGCGAUGGCUUAUGGUACCGUUAUCAGAGUGAUCUUUGCCUCGCGGGAUUUGCGGAUAAAAAAAUUUAUAUCAGUUUUUGUCUUCGUUGAUUUCACACUAAAGAUAGUCAAGUUUUAUUUGCAGUCGACUUAAGAAUUUAAUGCUUUAAAGCAGGAUCGAAUCAUAAUAAUCAAAACUCGUGAUCUAUUUAUUGAAAAACUGAUAUCGUUCAAGCUCUUACGAUAUCUUUUUAUCUUGAUCCUGUAUUAACAUAGUUGUAUAAAAAUGACAUCAUCAUACUUCAUUAUUUGUUAUGUAUAUAGUAUACGACAUUAAAUAAAGAUUUUUUCAAAAAAGAAAGAUAAAUUUAUAAAUGUGCAGUUUAUGAACUAUAUUAUUGAAAAAAAAUAGUAGAAAAUUUCUAUAAGCCAUCGAUCUGACGUUGACGUAUCACUAUACUUUAAUGGUAUAUCAUGGCAUUGUAACGCAACGUCAGUUCCGGUUUAAACCGUGUGAAACGUUCACUUUGUACGGUAAAUAUAUGGAGAAAAUACGGAUGGACACUUGUAGCGCUAAGAAGUUAUUAAAGGAGAAGAAACACGCGAUGCGAUUUUUAUUAUUCGCUUCUUUGCCAUUUAGAAACAUUUCUACGAGAGAUCUAUAUGCUCAAAGUAAGACUGCCAA